AUAGUAAAGCAACACUUAAAAUAAAAUUUAAUUAACUUUUAUGGCUAUUUGCAACUGCACACCAUGCAGUUUCUUUUGAAGAGGAUCAAUAAUAUAUAAGCAGAGUUGACUUUUUGCAUGUCGUUGUUGUUUUUGUAUAAGCCAACCAUGUUGACUUGAAAAUAAAUAAUCAAUCACCAAACCUAGUAAGUGACGAUUUUAGCAUACAAGGAUGAACGGAAUAUCCGUGUUUUUCUCGUGUCAGUUCCAUCCCCAACAGGGUUUCCCUUUGAACUUGCGGAACCACAAAACAAAAACAAAAACAAAUCAACGAACAAGUUGAAAUUUCAAGACCCUCUUUUGAACCAUAUUUUCUCCACCCACUUACUUUCUUUCUUUGCUCUUCCUUCGCUUUGACUCAACAGCAAGAAACGCGGUGAAGGUUUUGCAAACAUGAGCGGAAAAGCCUCCGUCUCUAAGGAGCUCCAUGCCAAGCACACCAAGAUAUUAGAGGGACUUGUUAAGCUACCUGACAACAGGGAAUGUGCAGACUGCAGGACCAAGGCACCACGAUGGGCAAGUGUGAACUUAGGGAUAUUCAUUUGCAUGCAAUGUUCAGGAAUUCACCGGAGUCUUGGAGUGCAUAUAUCAAAGGUGCGGUCCACAACUUUGGAUACAUGGUUGCCAGAUCAAAUUUCUUUUAUGCAAUUAAUGGGUAAUGCGAAGUCAAAUAAGCACUGGGAGGCAGAAUUACCGCCAAAUUUUGACAGAAAUGGAUAUGGAGUCGAGAAGUUUAUUCGUUCCAAGUAUGUGGAGAAAAGAUGGGCUUCAAAAGGUGGACUACAACCAGCUUCAAAGUCAGCUGAAAUAAUCUUUAACUCGAAUAAGUCACCAGCUUCUGGGGCCAAGAGUGCUAUUCAGAAUAGGAGAUUGUCUCUUGAGGAAAGCAUUCUUGUGAAACACAUGGCACAAAUUCGGUCUCCAAUAACGAGAUCUCAUGAGGGCUCCUCAGAUUUGCAAAAGAAGAAUUCACCACCACCAAUAAGGAGGCCAUCUGCAUCAUUUGAUUUUGACUACUCUAGGGGAAAGAACAAUGGUACUGUUGAUCAUUUUGGCUUGCUUUCCAUCCAUGAUAGUAAACAGGAUUUCUCAACUACACCUCCUAGCUGGACAACAUUUGAUUGAAAAGGCUUAUGAGGUGUAUGUUUGUAGAUUGUUGAGCUAGCAUUUCGCAUAGAUGUCACAACAUUAUAGUUGCAGAUGAUCUUGCAAUGUCGGAUGAACUUUGAGCUGCAUUGGUAUGGUGUGUACUUUUGUGAAGUUAAGGGGGAUGUUGAAUAAGAUGAAAACAGAAAACAUCUCCUAGUAGUUUCUGUUUUUUAGUUUUAAAUACACUAGUUUUGACAAUAAUUAUUAAAACCUAAAUAGACUUUGGAUGAGAGAUUAAGUGAGUAGUAUAGAAUAAUAGAAUUUGUUUUCAUAAACAAGCCCUGUGUUUUCACAGGUUUAGGGACAAAGAUCUCAAUCAAAGCACACUGCAGCAGGAUAUAAAUUUGGAGCACAUCUGCACCACUUUGGCGUUGAUGUAUCACACAGCCUGAAAUUGUUCAUAAGAUGGUUUGAUUGCACUGUAGCUCCUAUUACAGCCAUUGAUUGAGAUUAACAAAAGGGCUCAAGGGAAUUAAAUAACAGUUAUUCUUUUCUUCUUUCA